AUGGCAGCAGCACUUUCUGCUCUUAACGAGAAACUUGACUCACUCGCCUCCGACGUAGCCACCCUCCGCGAUUCCCAACCUCCAGCCACUCCUCCACCACCACCCCCAAACAACACCUUACCCAGACAACACAUGAAACUUGAAGUCCCUCGCUUUGAUGGAUCUGACGCUCUUGGUUGGAUUUUCAAAAUCAACCAGUUCUUUGAUUUCCACCAAACCCCAGAUCACGAUCGACUCACUAUCGCCUCCUUCUACAUGGACGGCCCCGCGCUUAGCUGGUUUCAGUAUAUGCUGCGCAGCGGCAUGUUUCAAGCUUGGCAUGAUUUCUUGCUCGCGCUUGAAACCCGAUUUGCUCCGUCGUUUUACGACGAUCCUCGAGGAGCUCUGUUCAAACUCACCCAGAAAGGCACUGUCAACCAAUAUCUCACUGAGUUUGAGCGAUUGGCAAAUCGUGUGGUAGGUCUCCCACACCAUUUCUUGCUCAGCUGCUUUAUUUCCGGCCUCACCCCUGAAAUUCGCCGGGAAGUCCAAGCUUUUCAGCCCAUGUCUCUUCCUCAGGCCACCGCCCUUGCUAAGAUCCAAGAGGAUAAAAUUGAGGAUCGCCGCAAAGCCUUCAAAACCCAGAAAUUUGGACCCACCACCUCCACUAACCCCAAUUUCUCUGUUUCCAGUUCAAACACCACCGUUAAACCACCCAACAACUCUACAAAUUCCCCCAAAACCCCCUUUCGCAAACUGACCCAAGAAGAGAUGGCUUCUCGCCGGGAACGUAACCUUUGUUACAAUUGUGACGAGACCUUUACUCCUCAACAUCGCUGUAAGGGACGUUUUUUCAUGAUUAUUUCGGACGAUGAUAUGGAGAUGACUGACACGGCGUUUGAUUUACCCACCGCCGACUCUGCUAUUGAGCAAUCCGCUCCGGUGUCACCACCAACCGACGCUCAAUUAAGCCUUCACGCUAUGUCCGGCUUUUCUGCUCCUAACACUUUUCGCAUUUUGGGCUCGAUUGCAAAGAAGCAAUUCACUAUCUUGGUCGAUAGCGGCAGCACUCAGAAUUUUAUCCAAGACCGUGUUGCAAAAUACCUCGGUCUUCCGGUGAUUCCGGCGUCUCAGCCGUUCAAAGUUAUGGUAGGCAACGGUAAUACUCUUGAUUGCAAUUCUCAGUGUGCUAAUGUUUCAUUCAACAUUCAAGGCAACAAAUUCGUGGCAGAUUUUUUUCUACUUCCCUUAGGCGGUGCGGAAGUAGUACUGGGUGUACCAUGGUUGGUAAGUCUUGGACCCAUUCUCAUGGACUACACCAAACUUCAGAUGCAGUUCACUUACUUGGGCCGGCCCAUUGAGCUAAAGGCAGAUGCUCCCUUCAAGCCAAAAGACAUUUCCGUCCCUCAAAUGAAACGGUGCGUUGCAACAAAUUCUAUCUCUUUAUUUCUUCAUCUACAACACAUACCUGACCCACCUUCUACCCCAUUCUCCGCCCCACCAAUUAUUCAAACCCUUCUCACUGAAUUUCAACCUUUGUUUGCUCCACCACCAUCAUUGCCGCCACCUCGGCCCCAUGACCACCGUAUUCAUCUACUACCAGAUGCUCCUCCGGUUAACGUACGUCCUUAUCGUUAUCCGUACUACCAGAAAGCUGAGAUUGAGAAACAAAUUGCUGAGAUGCUUCAAACUGGUAUGAUUCGACCUAGUCGAAGUCCUUUCUCCUCACCUGUGCUUCUUGUUAAGAAGAAAGACGGUACUUGGCGUUGUUGCAUCGAUUAUCGCGCCCUAAACGCUAUCACCAUUAAAGAUCGAUUUCCAAUGCCAACCAUUGAUGAGUUGUUGGAUGACCUUGGCUCUGCCUCUUAG